AUGUGGACGAAGCUUGCCGCAUGCACCCUCCUGGCUCAGCUCAGCCUCUCUUGCGCGGAGAGUGCAACUUCGUGCGCGGCGUCGCCGGGCGAUGAGGCUGCCUCUGUGGCGGAGCACCUCCUCGACGUGACGUCCGCCCUGCAACUUGGUCACAUGGCAGGCUCGCAGAAGGUCGUCACCGACACCGAGGGUGCGGGUCGCCGCGGCCUCGGGCGAUGGUGGCGGCGCCGUGCGAUGGGCGGCAGCCGUGGGCGCCGUGGCAUGCGCCGCAGGGUGGCGUAUCGGGGUGCGUCGUAUUCGUAUGGCCGACGGCCCCAGCAGUGCCCGUUCCUGCCAAAGCACCAGCCGCUGAAGGACCCGGUGAUCGUCAGGGCGUCCGACGGCCCGAUCACCUUGGAGCUGACGACCAUCCAGGUCUGCGAUCCCACCGCCGAGGUCACGACCUGGUACACGCGUGCCUAUGCGCUUCCCGGGCAAGCAGCCACGAUCCCGGGGCCCACGAUCUUGGUGAAGCCCGGCGACAACCUGACCAUCACCAUCAUAAACAAGCUGGCAUACCCGAACCCUGACUGCAACCAGACGAGGCCGGCUCAGGAGACGGGCAGCCACGCCUACAUCGACCCCUCUGUGAACCCUCAUCAGAUCACCGGCUUCUGCUACGUCAACGCGACGAACCUUCACGUGCACGGAAUGCAUGUUAGCCCGCAGCCAGGCGGCGACAACGUAUUCGAGCACUGGCCGCCUGGCACAACGAACUCGCUCUCCGUGAUGGUGCCACCCAACCACGCCACGGGUCAGGCUGGCGGUGGACAGCACGGUGCCGUCAUCAUCGAGGACCCGCCGGGCCUUCUGCCUAAGGAGAUCGAGGCGCUGCCGACGAGGGUCGUGGUCUUAACCCUCGUGGACGUGCAGAACAAGAGCAGCAUCACAGGGUCGAGCUCUCCGAUAAUCGAGCAGCAGAGCCUGGGCGACCUGUGGCAAGAUCCGGAGGGCGACUACGUGAACCGCUUCUUGACCACAUACAUGCUGACCAACGGCCUGUGGAAGCCGAGCUGGUUCGCGGAGGACCAUGAGUGGACGCGCUUCGACUUUGUCUACGCCGCCGUCGAGUACAACGUCGUCAUCAAGGCGCUCCCGACCAACAAGGAUGGCGCCUACCUGAACUACGCGCCGCGCAAGGUGCCCAGUAUCUACAUGGCCUCCGGGAACCGCGCGUCCUUCGCCAUGCGCUGCGGCUGCAAGAAGAGCUUCGUGGGUCGCUGCACUGGCAGCCUCGUUUCGCAUCGGGAGUUGUACUCGCCGGGUGGAGGUGCGGCGACCAUGGAGGAAUUCGAGGACGGCCCGCCCUCGACGAGCAGGGCCGGCCCCUUCGCGGACGUCGGGCAGAAGACGAUCAACCAGGAGUUCAUGUUCAUCAUCGUGAAGCAGCGCCCGUACUCGUUCAAGCCGAAGUGUGACGACCUCCCCUACUUCGCGGUGGAGAGGCCCUGCUACCUCGUGAACCUCACCGGCGUCGACGUGGCGCCGCAGAACAACGGCACGCUCAACCUGCCUGCACCGCAAGGCCCCACGAAGCCGCAGUGGCAGAUCAUCUACUGGUCCAACGUCACCACCCCCUCCAACUACUCCGGCGAACCCUUCGAGGAUGACUCGCCUCCGCUGCAGAACUGGACGCUCGGUGAGGUGCACGAGCUGUGGUUCCGUCACAGCUACAACAGGUCCCUCCCCGCCGCCUACCAGAUCGCCGGCAUCAAGCAGCAUCCGAUCCACCUCCACGUGACCCAGUACCAGCUCGUGGCCCUGCAGUGCCACAACGGCACAUGGAUCACUCACGGAAGCUGCGAGCCGGACGUGUACUUCCAAGUGGGCGAUUGGCACGACACACUGAUGUUCGGGGGCGGGCAGGCCAGGGUGCGCUUCCAGCUCAGCACCUUCAACGGCCCCUACAUCCUCCACUGCCACAUCCUCUCCCACGAGGACCAGGGCAUGAUGACGUGGUUCAACGUCUCGGGCCCGGAGGGCACUGUCUGGCCCGGGGCAGAAGAGGUGCAGAGGUGCUACAGGGGCUACUUCGGGCAGUCCUGA